AUGGCCGCGUUCCAUUCAUUGUCGUCCGGCGCGACGCCCGGAGAUGGCAUGAGCCUCAACAGCGCUGUCGUGGAUGGCCUGGAUUCCUCCAUGUUUGACGAUUCUCUGCUGGAUACGGUCAACGGCGCCUUUCCCCCCAUACCCUUCACUCCCACCUACGGAUUCGAAGACUUCUCCGCCACGGGCUUCGAAGACCCCUUCGCAUAUUCGAACCGACCCUUCGAGGCGCAGCCUGCCCCCGAGUUCAACCAGGACUCCCCUACCCAGGAGCUCGACAACAAGCUACUCGGCUUCUCGGCGCCCUCGUUCAAGGCGACGGUCGUUGACGGGAAUGGACAACACAUGGAACCUGGAAUGACAGCCGAGCUGUACGGCAUGUUCUUCGUCGCGGAGGACGUCUUUGGCGCCGAGAACAACGGCCGCCCGCUCGAGCUUACCUGCUACCGUCGCAACCUGUGGCAGUGCUCUGGACAAGUCACGCUUCCGCGUCACAUUACGCAUGCCGUAGACGAGCAGGGCCGGCAGAUACCCGUUUUCGAGCUUGCCGCCUCCAUCACGGCGAUCGAGUCCAUAGAGGGGAAGAUGACGGAAAUCAUAUCGAUACCCUGGAAGAGCGCGCAUCCCAUCGGCGCCGAGGAGCCAAAGUCGUCUGGUGGCCCACCUAACAUUGUUCUGGAUCUAGCCAACGGCCAGGAAGUUGACGCGAAUAGAGUGUCGCUGCCGCUGUCAUGGAAGAGGCUGCAGUUCAAGCAUGCGACGGCAAACAACGGCAGGAGGAAAGGUCUUCAGCAGCAUUACCUGGUGCAGAUCAGCCUCCUGGGGAAGCAGCAGUCGGGGGAGUACAUCAAGAUUGCUGAAAUCAGCUCUGGCCCAGUGAUUGUGCGAGGCCGUAGCCCGAGAAACUUUGACAGUCGCAAAGACAUCCCUCUGACGGGCGAGAAGAAGCUUGAAAGGAGGAGCAACAGCGAUGCGUCUGCCUCUGCUCCGCCUCACAAGGACAAUGGCAUGGCAACCCCGGUUCCAAAAUACCAACCACCCAACAACCUUCAGAGAAACGAGCAACAGUCAGCCUCCCGCAAAGAAACUGGCGCUGUCGCCGUCGCCGGGGAUGUCUCGGCCACCGAUCCCAGCGUGGUCUUCAGAGCCCGCGCGACAAGCGGCAAGGCCUUCAAUGUCAAGCUCACGCCCUGGUCGAACUCGGAUAUUUCGAGCCCGCAGUUUACAAAGUCCAUUGCGGCUGCCGUGCACAACACAAGUCAGAGUCCCAAAGAAGAGGACGAUCUGCUCUACGAAUACUUUCCACUCAGCGUGGACGACUGGAUGCCGCCUGUGGAAGCCAUCUACCGACCUCACGUCGUUCACCACACAAUUGUGCCGCCCGAGAUCAAGGCGCAACAAUUACGCAGCAAGAGCAAACGCAUGUUCACAGCCGAAUCGUAA